AUGACCGACGGGACUGCGGGCAGCGGGACAGAGCCAGCAGCCGCAGACGGCGCCGGCGGACAUAGACCCAGCCCAAGGUGUCACGAAGCAGUGGACCUGACCUGGGUCUACGAGGCCAUGCCGGUCUCUUGGCCCCGAUACUCUGAAACCCCAGACCGGCUCCUCUAUGGCCCACCGGUGCGCGACGGAGCAGCUACCGAGCACCAGUAUAUAGAGCCCGAGGGUCUGUCACGUCACCCUCAAUAA